AUGAACCAGAGUGGUGCUCACCCUGGCCAGUCUGCGUCCCCAAAUGCCCCUACGGGUUUUCUUCCCCCGCCUCGUCAAAUUCGCUUCGUCUCGACCGACGGCCAGCCGCACACGAAGAGGCGGCGGAUAAAUGCUGCUUGUCUGACUUGUCGCAAAAGGAAGACGCGUUGCUCCGGUGAGCGGCCUGAGUGUAAAACCUGCACGGACAACAACCAUGUAUGUUCGGGCUAUACCGACCGUCCAAUCCGCAGAGACGGCGAGAGACUCGAGGAGGAUGGCGAAGAGGAGGCCGACUCUGGGUCUUCAACGCCUCAAAAGCAAAGCAGAGAUGCCGAAGUCGCGAUGAAAAUACGAGCUGGGCCAGAAAAGGAUACAGAAAAUAUGCUUAGGGAAGACGCUGGAGAAAUGAUAAGUCCUUCGAGCAACCACACUACGAGCAGCGUGACAUCUUCGAGAAAUCGAGUUCCCUACUUUCGGUAUUUUGGACCGACUGCGAUCGUACCUGGAUUCAAACAGAUGGUGGUGCAAGUCAAGGACAACAGAUCCAGCUUGCCUUCGGCCUCGGGAGAGUCUCCAGCUGCAGGACAACAGCUAGAUGGGAACUCUGCUGUUGGCCAGGAUCGAGUGCCCGUUGAGAUACCCUUCUACGACGCAACGGAUGCGGACCAAAACGCUCCUCUGAUCACUCAUCUUUGCGAGACAUUCUUCAUCCAUCUUGGCUGCAACUAUCCUUUUCUUCAACGUGACAGAUUUCUGAGAGAUCUGGAAGAGAAGAAAGUGGAUGCGAUCCUGGUCGAUGCUGUUUGCGCAGUUGCGGCGCGGUUCUCAGCAAACCCGCUUCUUUCCACAUCCAACGACCCCUCUAUUCCAUUGGACACAGAAGGAAAUGUCAGGAGAGCCUUUCGGGGCCAACCGUUCGCUCAAAGGGCUAUGUCAGCAGUGAUUGACACAUUUUCUUGCCCAACGAUGGCUGUUGCUCAAGCCUGUCUCCUACUUGCUUAUGAGGAGUUUGGUGUAGAUCACGACAGCGGUUUAUGGAUGUACCUUGGCACGGCCAUUCGCAUGGCACAGGACCUGGGGAUUCAAAAGCUCGAGGGCUUACAACUCGAAGGGCGGAUUGGGCCAACCCCGAAGACCGCCAAACAUGUUCAAGACGGUAAGGCCGAGGAGCAGAGGAGAGCUGAACAGCAACAAAAGCUGUACCGCAAUCUUCGCGAACAGGGUAGUUCUCAGCUGGACGACAGAAGGGCCAGUGAACAGGAACGUAUUGAUACCUUCUGGGCCAUCUUUUUUCUGGACAGAGCAGUUUCUUCGGGCGUUGGUCGUCCCGUUACUCUGCGAGACAAGGACAUCGAAAUCUCCUUCCCGUAUCGAGCCGAUGAGAAAAUGAUUAAUGGAUACCCUGAUCCGUUUCCUGCCAUGAUUAAGAUUGUGCACAUGUAUGGGCGAGUUGCGGAUGUGCUCAACAACAUAAAGGAAGUCAGUCAGGUGACGCCCGAUGUGUUGAAGCGGUUGGCAAGCAUGGAGAGAGAUCUGACAGGCAUAUAUCAACGCUUGUCGCCUAGACUUCAUUUCAAUGCUACCAAUUUCCAGCAUUACGUCAAAGCGGGCCAUGGCACAAACUUCAUUUUACUACAUUUCUGGUUUCAUACCUUGAUUGUCCUGCUUCAUCAGCCGACUUUGCUGCACUCAUUCGAAGGACGAAUCCAACAGCUGUUCCCCGACAGUAGAGAACUGUCCAUGUCAUCGGCAAAGACAAUUGCGGAUAUCCUGGCGUUUGCUGAGCUGAUCGAUGUCAAGAGCUUCAUUGGCAACCCCUUCACAAGCCAACCCAUGUAUGUUGCGGCGUGUGCCUUUUUGGCAGAAGCUACCGCUCAUAGCUCUCAGCCGUCGUCUCGAGCGACAUCUCCACCAUCAAAUGGACAUACACCUCGGCCGAAACAAGACGUGGUGGCGGAAAGAACACAAAAAGCAGCCUCCGCGCGCCAUACCCUUCUUGCUACUGCUGCAAACCAAAAUUAUCAGCGGUGUUACAAAGCGCUCAAGACUUUAGAUUCUUAUUGGGCCGGUUGCCGUUAUAUCUUGACCGCUCUGGACCAAAAGUCGAAAGGCUUGAUGGAUCCCUUGCUAUUCACUGCAGAUGACGUUGAUGGAGAAAUGCCAUCAACUGAACCCUCUUUUACUACUCCCGGUUGGCGACGAAGCACCUCGCUCGCUGCUUCACUAGGAGCAUACAGCAGACUGCGCUCGCUCAAAGCAUUGUCAGGAAGCGGACCGAUAUCACCUUCGAUGGAUCUCAGUAAUGCUAUUGGGUGGUCCUUGACAGGGACAGCCAACUCUCUGGCCCCCAACCUUAGCUUUCUGUAUCCCACUGGUGGCGAAACUGCAAAGACACCACAGGUGGCUCCUCCAGCGAAGGAGCAAGAUGAAACAACCCAAAGCCCACCAGCUACGAGAAAGUUUCUAGCGCGGUGGCAAAACCCUAACAUGUCCGCUCUCCAGGCGGAUUCGACCAUGACCGAUCGAUUGGGACAAGCCUAUCAGGGUGAAAUCUCAACUUCAACUGACAGAGUGCCAACGGUGCCUUACGAUCCCGUGUCAACAGCUGAUGCGGAUCUUUUGCUCGGCCUUCACUCUCCGUACACUGCUGGCUCAGCUCCGCCGUCCGGUGUUGCCCCUAGACCCACACAACUCAGUCAACCUUCAAAUGCCUUUGGAUAUAUAGAGCCAGGCCAACGCUAUAACGUUUCUCUAAGUCCUCAGCAGCCAUUUCCUGACGUCCAAAACCAAACCUUCAACAACAUGCUGAUUGAAUCUCAAGAUAUCGACAUGAGUGCAGGCCAGCAGUUCAAUUUUGAUUUCCCCGGCGCUGAUAUGAUACCGUGGUUGGAAUAUCUACCACAGGAUGUAUUGAACUAUUUUACAGAACCACAGACGGAGGUAUGA